AAAAUUGUGUUGCCAUUGUUGACUCGUUUCUUGAAAUGAUGUCCACUUGACUUUUUAUUUAUUUAUUUAAAGACUCGACAUGCCAUGUAGGCUAAUUGGCACUCUAAAAUGCAUGCACCAUCAAGACCUGCAUAAUAUAGAAAUUUCGCUAUUUUUCUUUCGGUUUAUUUCUUCAAGUAAUAUUUUGUUUCUGUGAUUAUGGCUACUGGGCAAGCACCAGGCAACCCCAUUCCAGCUAUGAGAAAAUACCAGCCGGUAGAGCAUCCAGUGGUGGUAAUAGGGCCACAGUACCUGGCACAGUACCCUGUUGAGCUCGCCGUCAACAGUGAUUUUAAGGUGUCUGACAUUAAUGGCACCCUCAUCUUCCAGGUCAAGAUUAAACUAUUAAGCCUUAAUCGUCGUUUUCUGAAAGAUGCAGCCGGUAACACCCUUGUCAAUCUCAGGCAGAAGCUAAGGACCAUGCAUGGGAGGUGGGAGGCUUUUAGAGGAGAAAGCAAGGAGAAGAAUGAUUUGCUUUUCACAGCCAAGAAACCAAAGCUGUUCCAAUUCAAGACUGAGUUAGACGUAUUCUUGGGUAAUAACAAAGGAGAGGACCCUGAUUUCAAGGUCAAAGAAGGCUACAGCCAGAGUUCCUGCUCUAUAUUUCUUGGAGAUUCCAAUACCAUGCUUGCACAAGUGCAUGGAAGACAUACUCUCGCGAUUAUGCCUAAUGUUGAUUAUGCCUUCAUAGUGGCUCUUGUGGUGGUAAUUCUCGACGAGAUCAAUGCGGAUGAUGAUGGGGACGCCAUCUUGGAGGGUUUUGUCGAUGGUAUAGCUAGUGGAGUUAUUCCAUCGGCAUAAAAAAACACAUUUUGUUAGUAAAAGUCACAGAUAGAAAUUGCCUAUGA